AUGAGUUACUUGAACCGUGUUUGGAUGGCAACUACCGUGGCGGUGGCACAAGGUCACACUGAUCCGGGUCACAAGUGCAAAAAAGCUCUCGGAUCUAUUCAUCAAAACCGCACGCGUCUCUUCUCCGCCGGCGGUUUGUCGAAUCUCCGGCCGUUGGCUGGUGUCGUUGAAUCGGACGUACCCGUGAGUUCUGAAGCGGAAAAGAGGGUGAGACAAACUGACGAUUCUCUCCGGAAAGUGAUGUACAUGAACUGCUGGGGUCAAGGCUAA